UCGCAUAUAAAAUGUAUACCUAAAUUACGAAAUACGCAAUUGGCUUUUCUGUGAGUACGAAUCUCUCUCUCUAUCGUUCUUCGCUUUCUCUCAUAGAUCUCUCGAUCUCCUGCGCCCUUGCAUCCUCCGAUUCGGAUUUUCGGUAUACAUUUGGGUUUUGGUUUCCGGAGACGUAAUAGGUGAAGCUCUAUGUUUGUUGAUGUAAAAAAGGGACGACUCACAGUAUUGAAUUAUUCAACAACAUGGGGCAAAGAAAUAUGAUGUGCACUGGUCAGAUGAUUGAUUUGCAAAUGGAUGAACGGAACCAAGGACAUCAUGUUAUCAGUGUAACAAAUUUUCCACAGCCUAAUAUGCACAGCAUGUUAUCAGCUCCAGGGAAUUCAAGUAAUUUUGAUGUACGUCAUUUACCUGAGCAUUAUGAUGGCUCUGCUAUGUUCUAUGGGAUUGGGCAGUACAAUGGUGUUCAGCAUCAUCAUCCAGUCCCAAGUCUUGAUAUAGGUGUUGCUCCUGGAUCCAACAUUUAUAAUCCUUACUUGACCCCUUCAUCUGGAAACCGAGGGUUCCCUGUUUCUAUAAAUCACGGACCAUCUGAUCAGUUGCCAUCUUCCAGCAAUCAUGGAGUCAUUGGAGUUUCUACAGAUGAGUAUGGGAGGGAAAAUCACUUUAUGGAUGGUGUUAGAGGUGCAUGCAAACGAAAGAAUGCUGAAGGCAUCCUGGGGAAUUUUCAGUAUAUUAAUGGCUUAGCGAGCUCUAGUUCUUCAGUUCCUCCUUUCAAUACAAGGCAUCUUGAAUCCGGGGUUUCCAUGAUGGAUUCUGCAUCUUUUGCCCAGCCACAGUACAGAGGGAAUAAUGCUCCUUCAAUCAUGGAAGUAGGAUCUCACAGAAGUGUGAGGAACAGAUCAGGUGCUGUUGGACUGGAUUCUGUUCUGGCACAUAAUCAUAACCAUUUGGUUCAAGGAAACUAUAUUGGCCAUCCUUUUCAGCCUUCUGGCAAUCCCUGGGUCGACCAACAAUCAGGCAAUAAUGGUAGUGAUGGGGGAACUUUGGCCUGGAAUCAUGGACCUGCUUUACCUUAUUUGCAUGGGAGCAAUAUCAGUGGAGGUUCUAGAGAGGCUGGGAAUGUGGGUAUACAGGGAUAUCAUGAUACAUCUAGUGGCAGAAGUUCCACAAAUUACCUUCAACCUCCUGUCCUUCACCGGCCCCAUACUCUUCAUUAUCCACCACCACCACCACCACCUAUGCAAGGAGCAAGAAGCCAUUUCCACCCUCAAGUGGUGGCAUCUUCGUAUAGACUUCCCACAAUUAGUUCACGUGGUCCUGUGCCUCCUCAGGUUGGUGUGGAGGCAGGGCCCAGGCAUCCAGGACCUGUUCCACCAACUGGGAUUAGGAUAUACCGAUCUAAUCGAGGGGGUGUCGCACCUGAGGCAACAUCGAGACAUCAUAAUCUUCCUUACUUGAGAAUGCUCCCAGCAGAAGAAGUUGCCAUACUAGAUCUUUCAGCAUUUUAUGAAGUAGGGGAUCUCAUUGACCAUCACAGAGAUAUGCGAUUAGACAUAGAAGAUAUGUCUUAUGAGGAGCUUCUUGCAUUGGGGGAACGGAUUGGUCACGUAAGCACUGGAUUGUCAGAGGAAUCCAUUACAAAUUGUCUAAAAACUAGAACUUAUAUAUCUUCAACUUGUCUCAAUCUGGAAGAGGCAGCAAGUAUGGAUCUAGAAAAUGAUUCUUGCAUUAUAUGCCAGGAGGAGUAUCGGAAUCAAGAGAAGAUUGGAUUUCUUGAUUGUGGGCAUGAGUACCAUGCAGGUUGCUUGAAGAAGUGGCUGCUGGUGAAGAAUGUCUGCCCCAUCUGCAAAGCCCCAGCAAUGACCCCAAAAUAGAAGGAUGUAUAAAGGAGUGACGAUGGUUGAAAGCUUAUGCAGGCAGCCCUUUGUUUUCUGACUAAUCUAUCUUAUCUUAACCAAGUUGGUACUUCGUUAUGUAUCAUACCGUAUAUAAAUACAGGUAUAUGACUAACACACUGUUUAAACCAUUUAUUUGUUGGCUUUCAGUGACUGUCCUGGGCUGUCAUAACUGUACAGACUUUGUCAUUAAUUCAUGGGUUCUGCUCUGGA